CUCCUGCUUGGCCCCCUCCAGCCAGGCUAUAAAAGGCGCAAGGCUCCUUUGUCCGGCAGAGCUGGGUUCUUGCUUCAACAGUGUUUGAACGGGACCUGGUCCAGCACCACUUCUUCGCCUUCUUUCCUUUCUUUUUUGAGCCUCCACUUCGGAUCCUUCCCUGUUCCAGUUCGCAGGCAGAGAGCAAGCCAUCCUCCGACUAACUCCCUCCAGCCUCCUCCUUGUCCAGACCGCCAUGGAGUCCCAAAUCCGCCAGAACUACCACCGCGACUGCGAAGCUGCCAUCAACCGCAUGGUCAACAUGGAGCUCUACGCCAGCUACGUCUACCUCUCCAUGUCAUCCUACUUCGACCGGGAUGAUGUUUCUCUUCGACAUGUUGCCGAAUUUUUCCGGUCACAGUCACAUGAGGAGCGAGAACACGCUGAGAAGCUGCUGAAGUUCCAGAGCCAGCGUGGCGGACGGGUUCUUCUGCAGGAUGUCAAGAAACCAGAAAAGGAUUCUUGGGGCAAAACUAUUGAUGCCAUGGAGGCAGCCCUUCAUCUAGAAAAGAGCGUGAACCAAGCACUCUUGGAUCUGCACCGACUGGCAAGCGAUCAAGGUGACCCACAUCUGUGUGACUUCUUGGAAACACACUACCUCGACGAGCAAGUCAAAGCCAUCAAAGUCCUGGGUGACUACAUUACCAACCUUCGGCGCCUGGGAGCAGACCAGAGCGGGCUUGGGGAAUAUCUCUUUGACAAGCACACCUUGGGGGAGAGCAGCAGCUGAUUGUGUCCCCCGUUCCUGUGAGCGCUCCCUCCGUGAACCCACAGAAACCGACCCAUUUCCACCACCGUUGCCGUGCCCCAGUCAAGCGGGGAUGUACCUGCCAUCUCUCAGUUGGCAUGCUUCCAAUAAACAAGGGUUCACCAGUUUAA